CUUUAGUUAUUGGCUGAGUUUGGCUCAAAGCGGGCACUAGUAGCGGGUAAAUAAAGCGUUUGCAAUAUGUGAGUGUGUAAAUACAAGUGUGGAGAGAAAUUUUAGCAUACGAAAUACGACUAAUUUUAAUUACAUAAAAAAAAAUAAUAAUUUAAUUAAUAACAAUAAUUAAUUUAAAAAAUUGAAAAGUUUAAAAACAUAACUGUAAAAUCAUUGGAAGGCGCUUGCAUAAUUUUACCGUGGAUUUGUGAAUUUCAACUUGAAAAGCAGUCUUGUGUGUAGCAAGCAAGUUGGCUAAGUGUAUCGGCAGUGCGUUUGAGCUCGCCAUUAACCGCUUAAACCAGUUUCUGCAUAGCGUAAAAGCGCUUUUGGUGCGUGAAGAAAAGUCGCGAAAUAAUAUUGCAACAAAAAUGACAAAGUAUAAUAAAUAGAGCAAUCAAAUAAAAGUAUAGAAAAAAAAUUACGUGCAAAACGAACUACACAAAACGGAAAUACAAUUGAGUAAAAAAUAAAGAUAGUAAAAUCACAUAAUACACGCACAUAAACAUACUCGUGCUGCCGACAUGCCUUUCGGUUCUAGUGCAAGUAAACUGGCAUUCCGUUUUACCUCCUUGCUGCUGCCGACUUCGUUGGCCGUCGCCAAGGCAGCUGCGGGUGGCAAAACGGCUGGCAUCAAGGAUUGCCAUGGCAAGAUUUGUAAACCAGUUGAAGAGUACUGCUCAAACUUCCUCGAAGGCUGUGAUCAAUGUGAACCCAUCUGUAAUCCGGAGUCGCAAAAUUUUCACGCGGAUACCUGUGCAAGGGAAUGUGCCGAUUACAAAAUAUACGAUCCGCUCAAAGCCGAAAUACACAGCAUACACGAACAACAAAACACCAUAUUGAUCCUGCUGAUCGUGCUGCUCACGCUUAUCGCUGCACGCUACAUCUACAAAUGUGUACGCUGGCUGCGAUGCAAACGUUUCGGUACGCUGCUGCUAAAGAAGCUGCACAAACACCAUGAAGCAGCCGGCGCUGGAGUGAACAGCAAAGACAUGGUCAUCGGUGCGACAAUACCUAAUGUGAUGGCCAUAAAUGGCGCCAUGGAGCGAGCGCCAUCGCAGAUCUACAGCGUGACAGGCGCCGAAGGUUCGGUUAUGACGAUGACUACACCAGUGAGUACGCGCUAUCCGGCGGAGAAUAGCACUACGCCAACAACUGUAACGGGCGAAUACUCAUAUGAUAAUCAGGCGCUGGCCGUGACGCCUGUUUCGGAGAAACCAAAUGGUAGCGUACGUGCGUUUUGAUCCUAUAUAACAUAUGUGGGACUUGUGGGUGUUGGGAAAAGGAAGAGAAUAUGUGUUUGAAAUUUCAUUGUUCAAAUACCUUGUGCAUAAAUUUUAUGUAAGUCCUGAAAAUUCUGUUGAUGCGCGGAUUUGAUCUUCAGUGAUCUUCAUGGUUUCGUUACUGUAAAAGCAAUACUUAAUAAUUUUUUUGGCAGGUUUGUAGUAAUUACAGAAAUAUGUAUAUCUGAAAAUUACAAUAGUGAACGGUAGUGAUGGCAUUUUGCCGUACACAGUAAUCAUACAAAUGAUCAGCGUGUAACUGAUCGAAACGAAAAUGAUCAUGCGAAAACCCGUUUAUAAAAUAUGACUAUAAUUAUCGUUAAAAUUUCCCUAAAUAUAAUAUAAUUGAAUAUGCGGUGUAGCUAAACAAUUUCAUCGCGUAUGUUUAGGUAAAGAAAAAUUUUCAAUAAUUUUUUUUAAAUUUCAAAUUUAGCAAGAAUCAGCGAUGACUCGUAUAUUGGCGUGUUGACGUUAAACACAUACUCAUGUACUUAAAGUUAGUAAUUUAUUUAGUUUUAAAAUAAAGGAAAAAGAAAGAAAAGAUAUUAAUUGAAUUAGCAACGAAAACAUCAUUGAGCAAAGUAUUAAAAGCUUACUAUGUACUUAACUAUGUUUUAAUAAAUUUAAAUAUCUAUGUAAAUCACAAAAAGUACUGACUAAUAACGAAUUUUUGUAGUGAUUCGAGAUAUUGAUUUGAUUUAAUCAAGCACUGUAAAACAUCACGUCCAUUUUGUAAGUGAUAUUUAUUCUAAAAACUUAGCCAGUAAGUUAUGCUUCCAUUUUAAAUAAUAUGUACUUACGGAUAAGCAAUAUAUAUACCAGAUAUUUUAAUAAAAUUAUAGUCUUUGAUUA